AUGCCUUUACUCUAUGGUGAGGGCUCAAAUGCAUUCUUGCGAUUACAAGAGGAGAUCAUGAAGCGUUCGGAUGAUCAAACUUUAUUGGCUUGGUCUCUUCAACAGGAUGACCCAGAAGAAUCGGGAGUACUAGCUACCUCUCCAGCUGCAUUCUCGGAAUGCAAAGAUUUCAUUCCUUGCAGCGUGGGAACGCCGACACCGCCAUUCCAAAUAACCAACAAGGGCCUUCACAUCGAGAUGCCAAUCUCAAGCGACAGCUUCACCUACGGGACAUAUGGGCUGCUACAAUGCAGGACAAAACAAGAUCCUACGACGAUGAUUGCUAUUCCAUUGGAAAGUGGCCGAGACGGCCUCUACGUGCGACGUAAGAAGCCACUAUGUAACCUGAACUAUCGGUACUGGUCAACCUGGCCAUUGAGCUCAGCUAACCUACUCCCGAGUUCUUCUUUUGCAAGUAGCAUAACCGAGUCUCCAAGCUACACGGUGUUCCUGAAGGACAUUCCUGAAAACUUUUACAUUGCAGAAGUCCGCCCACGGCACUGGAGACCUCAAUCUGAUGAGAGGAUCAUCAUAGCAGAAACCCCUGAGAGUAAAGGCACAUUUGAUGAUGCGCUAGUUCUGCUCAAAAGCUCCGUCAGUGGUGUCGAUCCUUUGGUCGUGGAAGUCAGUGUGGCCAUUCCUCCUGAAAAAUACGGCUUUGUGGCAUACUGCAAAUUUGUCAAGGUUUCGGGAGAAGAGUUUUACGACAACACGUCUCUUUAUACCUCAUGGCGCUGGCGCGGAGCUAUAGUGAGGGCGCAUUCGAUAAUCAGGCCUGAAGCUAAUUAUGAGGUAUCAUACCGCUGCGAGCACCAUUUUGGGAAGACACUUUUUCUGGUAUCAGUCAAGCAGGAAGGCGUACAGGUGGAAGAAAUCGCACCACAACGAGGCCCCGACAUGAUAUUCCAUGACUGGGAUGCAGAUUCUGAUCCCUGGAGUGAGAGUAUGAUAGAGCUUGAAAAAGGAUGGACAAGAAUUCUUCAACGCCUCUCUUAUCGUUGUCGAAACAGUCUUCGUGCCGUUGUUCGGUCACUUGCCCUUUCGCCUUGGAUAUUUGCGUUUGCGGUUGAUCGACUUUUCAUGGCGACUUUUAAACAACUGAGAUUCAAGAUACUACAUAUUUGGAAAUGUCGUAAUGAUCAUAAAAUUGGGGGUGGUACAGCACUGUCUCUGAGCUACAUUUCGUGGCAAAUUUGGAAGAUCAUACACGCAAUCCCAUUUGCCAAACAGUUUGGUCGAUUCCAGAAGACAUAUGCCAUGGAUGUCUUUCUUUUGUACAUUUGUUGCAAAUUGAUCCCCUCAGAAUUACUAUCAGCUGUUCUUGAAAAGGACUACAAGUAG